AUGGAGCCCUCAGUCGAGAAGACUUCCCCCAACCGAAUCCAACUCGGAGACGACACGAGCGACUUCGUUCUAGUCCUCGAUCCUGCCCACCGCGUCGCGCCUCGUGACGGUACUGGAGGCGAUGAGCAGCAGCAGAAGGAAACAACCACUCUCCAGAAGGACGUUGUUCCAAGCAAGGCCUCCAAACCACAGGCUGACAACACACAGAACUCUGCCAAGACUCUUACAGAAGCCGAGAAGAAGGCUCUUGACGAUUACCACGCCAAGAUGCGCAAGUUGGCCGAGGAUUCGAUGCCCGAGCGUGACGGCCUCCGCGUUGCUUGCGAAGACUGGUUUUGCACCGAUAGAGGAUCACGUCGUUUCGAUAUCGGUGACGAACGCUAA